CAGAUUGAAGAAGAAGUCAUUGAGGAAACUGACUAUGAUGGAUUUACUACAUAUGUCGACAAGAAUGGCAGAAGAUUCAGAAGGAGAGGACCAACAGUCCUAGCUGAUUUAUGGAACAUGGAUCCAAAUGAAAAAAUUGAUGUUGAGGUGAAUAAACAUGGAACUCCAUGUGGUCCUGAAUCAGGUUUAUUUGCAUCUUUCCUUGGAGUUGUAGCUAGAAAUGGACUGUUUACACCCUUGGAACUUAAUUGGAGAAAGGCUGAGUUUCGUCCUUAUAAAGCGAAGAUACUGGAUCUUGUUCAGACGAAGUUCCGAUAUCCAGCUGCUACCACCAAAUGGAUUUUGUCAACUGUGAAUAGAAGGUGGAGCGACUACAAGACGAAACUGAAAAGUAAAUAUUAUGAUCCUGAGCUGUCUAUUGAAGAAAUUCUUGCAAUACCGAAGCCUGAAGGCAUUAUUGAUACUCAUUGGCAGACUUUGGUUAACCGAUGGUAUACUGAAGACUUUCAGAGGCUAAGUAAGAUAAACGCUGAAAAUGCUAGCAACAUGAAGACUCCACAUACAUGUGGAAGGAUGAGCAUUGCAAGGUGGAAGGCUAUAAAAACUAAGGAAACUGGAAAAGAACCUGAUAGGCUGGAAACAUUUGAAGAUACUCAUACAAGAAAGAACGGGACCUAUGUGAAUGGGUAUACUGCAACCCUAAUUGAGAAGGCGUAUACUCUUAGACAAGAAGGUUCGUUUGAUAAUGAACAAAUUUUUCAGAAGGUGCAUGGGCCAGAGCAUCCUGGGAGGGUUCGUUGUGCUGGUUUGGGACCAACGCCAUCGACUUAUUUGGGGCCUUCUUGUUCUUCAGCUUCAAUAAAUUCUACCACGACAUCAAACUCUAACGAGGUAGACGCUCUAAGAAGUGAAGUGAUAGAACUGAGAAAUGAACUGGCGGAAGCAAAAAGUGAGGUAGUUGAACUGAGAAGUGGGAUGGAUCAGCUGCAAAUGGAAGUAGACACACUGAAGACAUGUUCUUGCAACAUCUUCGUAGGGAGAAGGGGUCAAUGGAGGGUUCAAUUCGUGCACUAUCUUCAUCAAGCGAAAGUGCUACACGGGGUUGACAAAAGGUAAGUAAAAAAAAGGCAAAAUACACUUUCAUAGCCAUAACUAUUCGCGUUGUGUCAAUAAUAGCCACUUUUUAAAAAAUACACAGAUAUAGCCACUUUUUCAAACUUGGUUGACAAAUUUAGCCAUUUUCUUUAAAAAAAUUAACACCGUUAGAAGCACCGUUAGUAACAUGGAUGUUGUGCUGAUGUGGAUGA